AUGCUAAGUUUAACUUACGCGGCAGUGCUCGUAUCUUCCUUUUUUGCUGGUCAACACUGGGAAUCCGCCCGCACCGGCAUUGAUCAUGCUAUUCAAAACACCCAGCAAUGGCUACUGCACAGCGGUCAUCACCACCGGAAUCACCAGCAGAAGCAUCCAGAUUGGCUUUUAGAGACAACUACAUUUACGCCGAACCAUUUCCAAACCGCGCCUUAUGUUGCGAAUGGGUAUUUUGGGCAGACUUUGCCUUCGGAAGGGGUAGGGUAUUGGAUCGAGAGAGAUGCAAAUGGGGAGUAUGUUCAUAAUACAUGGCCACUUGACCAGCCCAGGGCUACCUUUGGCACAAUAGCCGGGCUCUGGAAUCUGCAAGACAGAGUAAAACACGUCAGCUGCCCGGAGAACAUGUUAAAAGGCGGCGAGUCCACCAUUACAGGAAUCCCAGACUGGACUGGCUUGGUAGUGACGACAGCUGAUGGACAGAGCUAUCUGCCCGGAGUGGACAAGAGCUCGGUGAAAGCAUUCUAUCAAUCGUUGUCCAUACGAGAUGGCACUGUGCGAACAAGUGUCACAUGGGCCCCGCCAGCUCUUGAAUCUAGCUCUAUUGAGUACCAAUUGAACUUUACAGUUCUUGCUCACCGCAAGAGAUCAAAUGUCGGCGUUGUUAGGCUCGAACUCACGGCAAGUGAGAGCACAUCUGUCACUAUCACAGACAUCCUCGAUGGGGCAGGAUCUGUGAGAGCUCAUUUCGGUGACAAGGCAUUUGAGGAUGAUGAGAAUAUUAUUUGGACCAGUGUUAAACCCUGGGGUGUCGAGGGUUCGACGGCAUAUGUCCUAUCAUCAGUUCAUUUCGACGGUGCUAGCAAUUCAUAUAUCAGGAAAGAUGCAACAGACUCUCCUUUUGUAUCCAGAAACCUCAGUACAAUUGCUCAGAGCUGGAAUGUUACUCUGCAAAAGGGUCGCACCUUGGUCGUAUCAAAGUACGCAGGAAUUGCCUCUACUGAUGGAUACCCCCAGCAGAGCUUAUACACUGCGAGACAGGCCGCUCUCGGUGCAAAAAGAAUAACCUGGUCUUCUCUCAUAUCAGAGCAUGUCCAGGAAUGGGAAGAAACAUGGAAUGCAGCUGACAUCGUCGUUCCUGGAAAUAAAGAACUUCAAAAAAGUGUACGGGCUUCUCUGUUCCAUACUCUAACAAACAUGCCACACAAAAUCGAAGGACCAGGCUUAAGCGACAAUUCGCUCAUGCCAAGUGGUCUUUCUAGCGAAUCGUAUGCGGGUCUGGUGUUUUGGGAUGCUGAGACAUGGAUAUAUCCAAGUGUUUUGGCGUUGCAUCCACAAUAUGCAAAGGCAUUUAACAACUACCGAACACGACUCCUACCGGAAGCACUUUCAAAUGCGCAAAAGUACAAUAUCUCGGGGGCACUAUUUCCUUGGACGAGCGGUCGAUAUGGAAACUGCACGAACACAGGCCGCUGUGAGAGUUAUCAGUAUCACUUAAACACAGAUAUUGCUCUCGCUCACUGGCAGUACUACCAGUCCACAAAGGAUGCCUCAUGGCUAAUGGAUAAGGGAUGGCCGAUGAUUAAGAGUGUUGCAGACAUGUUUGCUGCUUUUGUCGUACCGAAUAAAAAGACAGGUGAAUUUGACACCAUCCUUGUUGGAGAACCGGAUGAGUUUGCCUUCUUCAAGAAUAACGGCGCAUUCACAAAUGCCGGAAUUAAGAUGCUUCUCGGUGAAUACGGUCCCGCUGCAGCCAAAGUCCUCAACAAGGAAGUUCCGCAAAACUGGUCCGAAAUUGCAGAAAAGAUUCGAAUUCCAACAAACUCAAAAAGCAAAAUCACUCUUGAAUUUGAUGAUAUGCCGGGAGACUGGAAGGUCAAACAAGCUAGUGUCGCCUUGAUGAAUUACCCGCUCGAAUAUCGGAUAAGCGAAGACUGGGCCCGCAAUGACCUUGAUUAUUACUCAGAAAUGAACACAUAUCAUGGCCCAGCAAUGACCUGGUCCAUCUUCUCUAUCAACGAGGCUCAACUCCAAAAGUCCGGAUGUGCCGCAUACACCUAUCUACUCCGCAGCUCGGAGCCCUACCUUCGCGAUCCCUUUUAUCAAUUCAGCGAAACUGCUCUGGACAAGCCCGAGAGGGACGGCGACUCACUUGCAUUUCCGUUUGGGCUAUACCCCGCCUUCCCAUUUCUGACGGGGGCUGGGGGUUUUUUGCAGGCAUUUACGCAUGGUCUGACGGGAAUGAGGUUGAGGCAAGAUGUGUUUUAUCUGGAUCCGAUGCUACCACCGCAGAUUCCUGAUGGGCUUGUGAUCAAAGGACUCAAGUGGCAGGGAGCCAGUUUUGAUGUCUCUAUUCAACCGGAGAACACAACCAUAACCCGACGGAAGUUAGGGCUUCCGCAUGAUAAUGUUGCCGUUCCUGUCCAAGUUGGGGAUGAACAUACCGAUAAUAGAGACAAGAAGAAUCAUAUGUUGAAAUCGGGCGAAGACUUGGUUGUCUCUACACGGAGACCACAUCUCGAGUCUUCCUCAGCGAAACGGAACAAAGCACUGUGUAAAAAAGUCACUGCUGACGACGGCUCAUGGAGCUUUGGGCGUUAUCCGUUGAGUGCUGUUGACGGGUCGAAUGCAACAGUCUGGCAGCCCCUUAAUGCGGACACACCCGCGUCAAUGACGGUAGACCUAGGAGAUACACAUGAUGUUUCUGGAUUUAUCAUUAAUUGGGGAACGUCUCCAGCCAAGACUUUUACUAUAUACAGUGAUGAGACCAAACUGUACGAAAACAAAGUCAAGAUUUCUGCCCCAUAUAAUCCCAAGACUGUCCACGAAGUCAAAAUUAGACAGGGGAAUAUGACGGAGAUGGAGCUGCCACAGACAGUCGAAGCUCAGAAAAUAAGGCUCGUGAUACGGGGAACUCAGGGCGAGGAACAGCAUCUUGGGGCUACCGUGGCAGAGUUUGCCAUUCUUUAG